AUGGGUCUCAUCACCGGCCUCGUCUCAACCGUAGUCCACGCCGCCGCCGGCCGGAACCCCUACAGCCACAACCACAACCACAACAACCAAUCCCCCGUCAUAACCCCCGGCGCGGCCCCCGGUGCCCCCGGUUCAGCCGUCACCGGUCCCCACGAAGGCCACAACCACACCGGGCCCGAUGGCCAGCCCUGCGGCAUUUGCAAAGUCGCCCUCCCCUUCGGCAAAGGCCGCGAGGCCAAGCGCGAGCGCAGGGCCGCGAGAGACGAGCGGAAAGCCGUCAUCUACGCGAUGAGGGCGCAGCAGCGCGGUGGGAGGAGGGAGCGGUACGGGUAUGAUACUGCUGGGUUUAUGGGUGUUGCUGCUGGGCCUUAUCAACAGCAGCAGCAGCAGGGGUGCUUCAACAGCGGCAACGACAGCAACAACAUGCCCCGCGCCGGACCGUCUUCUGCUCAGGAGGAGGGCGUUGGGGAGAGGAGGCGGGCUUCGACGGGGGAUGAUGUGCCGCCGCCUGCAUACUCUGCUGCUGGACCUUCGUCUUUUAGUGUUAGUAAUGAGGCGAGUCGGAGUGUGGAGGUUUUGGGAAAUGGUGAUGAGAAGCAGGGCCAGAAGGCUUGA